AAAAGGAAUGCUGUCAGCUGCCAUUUUCCGGAGGUUUUGGCCCUGGCUUCCUGGACACUUCCGGUGCUGCGAGUGGCUUAGAUGCUGUGGUGGAGGGGAGCCCAGGCCCCGCACCGUCUGGCUGGGGCACCCUGAGAAGAGGGACCAGAGGUACCCUCGAAAUGUCAUCAAUAACCAGAAGUACAACUUCUUCACUUUCCUCCCUGGGGUGCUCUUCAACCAGUUCAAGUACUUCUUCAACCUCUACUUCCUACUUCUCGCCUGCUCCCAGUUUGUUCCAGAAAUGAGACUCGGCGCGCUCUAUACCUACUGGGUGCCCCUGGGCUUCGUGCUGGCUGUCACCAUCAUCCGAGAGGCGGUGGAGGAGAUCCGAUGCUACCUCAGGGACAAGGAAGUCAACUCCCAGGUCUACAGCCGGCUCACAGCCAGAGGGACAGUGAAGGUGAAGAGUUCCAACAUCCAGGUGGGCGAUCUCAUCCUCCUUGAGAAGAACCAGAGGGUCCCCGCUGACAUGAUCUUCCUGAGGACAUCCGAAAAAAACGGAUCUUGCUUCUUGCGCACGGACCAGCUGGACGGGGAGACGGACUGGAAGCUGCGGCUCCCUGUGGCCUGCACCCAGAGGCUGCCCACUGCUGCGGAUCUGCUUCAGAUUCGCUCGUAUGUGUAUGCGGAGGAGCCGAAUAUCGACAUCCACAACUUUGUGGGCACUUUUACCAGAGAGGACAGCGAUCCUUCCAUCAGCGAGAGCCUGAGCAUCGAGAACACGCUGUGGGCAGGCACCGUCAUUGCGUCAGGUACCGUGGUCGGCGUGGUCCUUUACACGGGCAGAGAGCUCCGGAGUGUCAUGAACACCUCCAACCCCCGAAGUAAGAUCGGCCUGUUUGACCUGGAGGUGAACUGCCUCACCAAGAUCCUCUUUGGGGCUCUGGUGGUGGUGUCGCUGGUCAUGGUUGCUCUGCAGCACUUCGCCGGCCGCUGGUACCUGCAGAUCAUCCGGUUCCUCCUGUUGUUUUCCAACAUCAUUCCCAUCAGCUUGCGUGUGAACCUGGAUAUGGGCAAGAUCGUGUACAGCUGGGUGAUCCGGAGGGAUUCCAAAAUCCCUGGGACCGUAGUUCGUUCCAGCACAAUUCCCGAGCAGCUGGGGCGGAUUUCCUACCUACUUACGGACAAGACAGGAACUCUCACCCAGAAUGAGAUGGUUUUCAAACGGCUCCACCUGGGCACCGUGGCCUAUGGCCUUGACUCGAUGGAUGAAGUACAGAGCCACAUAUUCAGUAUCUACACCCAGCAGUCCCAGGACCCGCCUGCUCAGAAGGGCCCCGCUCUCACCACCAAGGUCCGGCGCAGCAUGAGCAGCCGUGUGCACGAAGCCGUGAAGGCCAUUGCCCUGUGCCACAACGUGACCCCUGUGUACGAGUCCAACGGCGUGACUGACCAGGCCGAGGCCGAGAAGCAGUACGAGGACUCCUGCCGUGUGUACCAGGCAUCCAGCCCCGACGAGUGCGGCAACAUGGCUCGAGAAGGACUGCGGGUGCUUGUGGUGGCGAAGAAGUCCCUGGCCGAGGAGCAGUACCAGGACUUUGAAGCCCGCUAUGUCCAGGCCAAGCUGAGCGUGCAUGACCGCUCGCUCAAGGUGGCCACGGUGAUCGAGAGCCUAGAGAUGGAGAUGGAGCUGCUGUGCCUGACAGGCGUGGAGGACCAGCUGCAGGCUGAUGUGAGGCCCACCCUGGAGACCCUGCGCAAUGCAGGCAUCAAGGUUUGGAUGCUGACGGGGGACAAGCUGGAGACGGCUACCUGCACAGCGAAGAAUGCGCACCUGGUGACCAGAAACCAAGACAUCCACGUCUUCCGCCUGGUGACCAACCGUGGGGAGGCUCACCUGGAGCUGAAUGCCUUCCGCAGGAAGCAUGACUGUGCCCUGGUGAUCUCCGGAGACUCGCUGGAGGUGUGCCUCAAGUUCUACGAGUAUGAGUUCAUGGAGCUGGCCUGCCAGUGCCCUGCCGUCGUCUGCUGCCGCUGCACGCCCACCCAGAAGGCCCAGAUCGUGCGCCUGCUCCAGGAGCGCACCGGGAAGCUCACCUGUGCAGUAGGUGACGGGGGCAAUGACGUCAGCAUGAUCCAGGAGUCCGACUGCGGCGUGGGCGUGGAAGGGAAGGAAGGCAAGCAGGCCUCGCUGGCCGCCGACUUCUCCGUCACGCAGUUCAAGCACCUGGGCCGGCUGCUCAUGGUGCAUGGCCGCAACAGCUACAAGCGCUCGGCCGCCCUCAGCCAGUUCGUGAUGCACCGGAGCCUCUGCAUCAGCACCAUGCAGGUGGGUGUGCGGGGAGUGGGUGCCCCGCAAGCAUGGCCCCAUUGGACGGGUGUGGUCAUCAUUGCGUAUUCCACCAUUUACACCAUGUUCCCCGUGUUCUCUCUGGUCCUGGACAAAGACGUCAAGUCCGAAGUGGCCAUGCUGUAUCCUGAGCUGGAUGUGUACUUCAUCGUCACCUUGUCCUUCCUGUGGAAAGUGUCCGUCAUCACCCUGGUCAGCUGCCUGCCCCUGUAUGUCCUCAAGUACCUGCGGAGACGCUUCUCCCCGCCCAGCUACCCUAUAAACACCGCGCGCGGGGAAGGAAGUCGCGCUGCCUCUCGAGAAAGCCGAGCGCCCAGCCCGGACCCCGCCGCCGCCGCCGCCGGGAACCCAGGCGCAGCGCGGCCGCUGGAGGCUCCAGCUUGGGCGCCCGAGCAUGCGGGGACGCGGACGGCGCCCCCUGGGCUGCUGAGCCGUGCGAGCGCCCCUCUGUGCCCCAGCCCCGCCGAGUCGCGAGCCCUCCAGAUGCAGAGAGAGGCUGCCUGCCGCCCGGGGCUCUGCCAGCCCCUGCGCAUCAUGGGGUCUGUGGACCAAGGUAACGGCCUGCGCUCGCCCGGGCUCCGCCGCCCCCGCUCCGCCUCCAGCCUCCCUCCGCUCCUGCCCCGCCGGCCGCCGCGGCUCCGUCCCGGCGGGGAGCCCGGGGCUUGGCCCCCGAGCCGGCUGCCCGGGGCGCGCACACAGGUAGACGGGCCAGGGGGAGGGGUGCCCGCGCCCUGGCCAAGGAGGGAAAAAGCUGGAAAGUUAGACGACUUUGCGCAAUCGAGUAGCUCCAGCAAGGCGGGAUUCCUGGGCGAAGUCCUGGCCAGACGUUUCCCUCCGCGGGACACCGGGAGGGUUCGCGCGGCUCCGCUUGCUCACCGCGGGCUGCGUAACCGUCUGGUCUCGGACAGCGCGCUUUCGGAUUCCCAUUCCUGUUAUUGUUAG